AUGGAGUUUGUGCGCGAGAGCAAGGGUACUGGCCCUGCUGCCGCUGUCGCUGCCGCUGCCGCUGGUGCUGCUGCUGGUGAUGGUGCUGGGGGUGUGGAUGGGGCUUGUGCUUUCCCGGCGCUCCCCGUGCGUGUGUUUCGCUAUGUGCGGUCGGCCACGUACCGCGCGGCGCAGCACCUGUUUGAGCAGACGGUGGCCUCGCACGACCCCAACCAGCUUGGGCUCUUCGUGGCCCACCACCCCUACCACGUGGAGGGGCUGUUGGCCCUCUCCGAAGUGUACAAACAGGUGGGCGAGGUGCAGACAUCAGCAGACCUCCUUGAGAGAGCGCUCUUCCUGCUGGAGGCAGCGUGGCAUCCCUGGUUCAACCCCUCUCUGGGCACAUGCCGCUUGGAGUUUUCCCACGAGCCCAACCGUGCGCUCUUUGACGCGCUUUUUCGCCACAUGCACCACGUGGGACGCAGGGGCUGCCACCGCGCUGCCUUUGAGCUCUGCCGCCUGCUGCUCUCAUUAGACCCGGACACCGACCCGCUCGGUGCCCUGCAGUGCAUAGACUUCUACGCCCUUAGAGCGCGCCAGUUCACCUGGCUGCAUGAUUUCCUUUUCAGCUUUAUGCAUCACCUCCACGACCGCUCCCCUUUCCACCCUUCCUCCCCUCCUCCCCUCCUCCCCUCCUCCCCUCCUCCCCUCCUCCCCUCUUUCCAUCUUCCCCUCCUUCCCCCUUCCCUUCUUUCCCCCCUCCCCUCCUUCCCCCCUCCCCUCCUUCCCUCCUCCCCUCCGCCCUUCUUCUCAUCCUCCCAUCCCCCCCUCCUCGCUUCCCCUCCUCCCACCAGAUACGUCCUCAACGGGAUGCUAGAGAAGGCCGACGCAUCAGCCAACGCGUCGGCUGGAAUUCAGAUCAAGACCAACGCAUCCUGGACCUACGUCCUCAAUGGGCUGGUAGAGAAGGCCCCGAUCAAGACCGACGCAUCCUGGACGUCCAUUCUUAAGCACCCGCUCUUUGCCAGGACGACACCUGGCAGCGCGACAUUGGAGCAUCUGGUGCGGCUGUACGUGGAGGCUCCCCUCUGUUCCUCCCCUCCCCUCCUCUACGGCUGUACGUACGUGCUCAAGGGGCUGGUAGAGAAGGCUCCGAUCAAGACCGACUCUUCGUGGGCCCAGAUCUUGAAGCACCCGCUCUUCGCCAAGACGACACCUGGCAGCGCGUCAUUGGAGCAUCUGGUGCGGCUGUACGUGGAGCGCAGUGCUGUGCUGUGGCGGGGGGAGGGCGUGCAAACGCUGCUGAAGCGGGUGGCGGGUGACGUGGUGGCGACGGUGGAGAGGGAGAGGCGGGCAGGCGGAGGGGACGGGGAGAUGGAGAGCUGGAAGUGCGUGCGAGAGGUGUCGUUUUCAUCAGGCGCUAACGCGUGA